AUGCUGUCUAAAUAUUCGAAACAGAUGUCUUCGGGGGCGCAGGAGAUGGACGGUCUAUCGAGGAAGGAUCUCGAUGAUGCCAACCUCGCCCGCAUGGGCAAACGCCCUGUCUUGAAGCGCAACUUUGGUUUGAUGUCAAUGCUGGGCUUCAGUUGUACAAUUCUGAUUACUUGGGAAGGAAUUGUUGUACUAUUCUUGCAAGCAUACGCCAAUGGAGGUCCAGCUGGAGCUGUAUAUGGAUUCCUUUUCGUUUGGGCUGGUGUGGCAGCUACUUUUGUCGUUUUAUCGGAGUUGGCAUCGAUGGCACCGACCUCUGGAGGGCAGUACCAUUGGACCUCCAUGCUUGCCCCGCGAUCGUGCAUGAAACUCAUGAGCUACUUAACAGGUUGGCUUACUGUCAUUGGGUGGCAAGCCACAUUCGCAACCUCAUGUUAUUUGGUCGGCACCUUGAUUCAAGGCUUGGUUAUACUCACAAACAGUACAUAUGAGCCCAAAAACUGGCACCCGACUCUUCUAUUUUGGGCUGUCGUGGCAUUUUCCGUCGCUAUCAAUAGUGUUGGAGGAAAGGUUCUUCCUCGAUUCGAGGGCAUGAUCUUGAUCAUCCAUAUUCUCGGUUUCUUUGCCAUUCUUAUUCCUUUGACUUACAUGGCCGAUCAUGGAACUUCCAAGGAGGUGUUCACUCAAUUCCUCAACACGGGCGGAUUCCCGUCCCAAGGACUGUCGUUCUUUGUCGGAACCGUUGGCUGUAUCUUUGCGUUCGCUGGUGGUGAUGCCGCAGUUCAUAUGUCCGAAGAAAUCACAAAUGCCGCCGUCGCAGUCCCCACCUCGAUCAUGCUCAGUGUCUUGAUCAACGGAUCCUUAGGUUUCGGCAUGUUAAUCGCCAUGCUCUUCUGCAGCGGCGAUCUCGGCUCAUCCCUGGAAUCCCCCACUGGAUGGCCCUUUAUGGCGAUUUUCCUCGAGGCAACAGGCUCCGUCGCCGGAACCGCAGUAAUGGCCUCCAUCGUUACCACCAUGGGCGCCACCACCUCCGUGGGCAUGUUGGCGUCAACAUCGCGCCAAUUCUGGUCCUUCGCGCGAGACCGCGGUAUUCCCGGCUGGCGAUUGUGGAGCCAGGUCACUCAGAGCUCUGCCAUCCCCAUCUACUCCGUUUUAAUCACAUCCGUAAUCUCCUGCCUCCUCGCGCUCAUCAGCAUCGGUUCCCCCGUCGCCUUUAACGACCUCUGCUCAAUGUCUAUCUCCGGUCUGUACUUGUCAUACAUGGUCGUCGGUAGUCUUCUUCUCUGGCGUCGUUGCACGGGCGGAAUCAGCUCCGCUCGCAACAGCAAUUCCGAUGUCAUCAAUACCGCCGGCGCGAAGCUCGUCUGGGGCCCGUUCCACCUGCCCGGUAUCUGGGGUAUUCUCAUCAACGCCUGGGCGUUGAUCUACAUGACCAUCGCCGUCUUCUUCACCUUCUGGCCGACAUCUUGGGUGGUGAGUGUUGAGACUAUGAACUACAGUGUUGUUGGGACUUUUGGCACCAUCAUCCUCAGUCUCUUCUACUACUAUGCUCGCGCGAGAAAGGUCUAUACUGGACCUGUCAUGGAGCAUGUUCUGUAA